AUGUCCCCUCAUGACUACGCGGACCGUCAAUCAGAAUCUGUCGCAGAUGCGGUGACCGCGAUGAAGCUGGAGUCCGACGCAGCGCCCGAAAACUCAGCCAUGCCAAACGGCGGAGGAGCCAUGAUCAAAGAUGAAUCGUCAAACGCAGCCUCCAACGCCUCCCCCGUGCCAACCCCGAAGGCAGAACGAUCACGGUCUUCUUCUCGAGCCCCGGUGAAGAAGGAAGAGAACUACGAAGACGAUGGAAGCAAUUUGAAAGGGGCGGAGAACAACCAUGGGGGUAAUGUGGAGGAGAAAGUCGGGGGCGACAUUAUCGUCAAACUCGAGCCUGGACAGCCUCCCAAAUUAACACGGAGCUCUUCCCAGAAGGUAGUCCCAAGGCCACCGCAGUUGUUCGCCCAUCUACCGGAUAGCACAGCUGAGGCUCAAGCGACGUUCGACUUGAUGGACGCAUGCACGUACGCCAAUAAAUACAUGGGUUAUACUGAACAUGCGAUGGAAUGCGAUUGUGCUGAGGAAUGGGAACCGUCGGUAUCCAAAAAUCUAGCAUGUGGUGAAGACUCGGAUUGCAUUAACCGCGCGACCAAGAUUGAAUGCAUGGGCGAUUGUGGAUGUGGGCCAGAAUGUCAGAAUCAACGAUUCCAGCGAAGGGAAUAUGCUCCGGUGGCGGUGAUCAAAACGGAAAAGAAAGGGUUCGGUCUCCGGGCGGAGGCUGACCUGCGACCGCACCAAUUCAUCUUUGAGUAUGUUGGCGAGGUCAUCAACGAGGGCCAAUUCCGGCGCCGUAUGAGACAAUAUGACGAGGAGGGAAUCAAGCACUUCUAUUUCAUGUCCCUCAGCAAGGGCGAAUUUGUCGAUGCGACCAAAAAGGGUAAUCUCGGCCGGUUUUGCAACCAUUCGUGCAAUCCCAAUUGUUAUGUCGACAAGUGGGUUGUUGGUGAGAAACUUCGUAUGGGCAUUUUUGCUGAACGACACAUUCAAGCUGGCGAGGAACUCGUCUUCAACUACAAUGUCGACCGCUACGGGGCAGAUCCGCAACCGUGUUACUGCGGCGAGCCUAACUGCACAGGCUUUAUCGGAGGUAGAACUCAGACUGAGCGGGCCACAAAGUUGUCGAAUGCUACCAUCGAGGCUUUGGGUAUUGACGAUGCAGAUGGCUGGGACACCGCCGUCGCGAAGCGGCCACGCAAGAAGAAGACGGGAGAGGACGAUGAGGAAUAUGUGGACAGUGUGCAGCCGAAGUCCCUGGAGGAGAAUGGCGUGACCAAGGUCAUGGCGGCGCUCAUGCAAUGCAAGGAGAAAUGGAUCGCGGUCAAGCUCCUGGGACGGAUUCAGCGCUGUGAUGAUGAGCGAGUCCGGAACCGGGUGGUGAAAAUGCAUGGAUAUCAGAUUCUGAACUCCCAGCUGGGCAUGUGGAAGGAAGAUCACAACGUCGUUUUACAGAUUCUCGACAUUCUCGACAAGUUUCCCCGUCUGACGCGAAACAAGAUCAUCGAUUCUAAGAUCGAGUCUACCAUCCAACCACUGACCAGCUGUGGUGAUGAGCGUGUGGAGAAGAAGUCAGCCACGUUGCUACAAGUCUGGUCGACCCUCGAGGUUGGUUAUCGCAUUCCGCGCAUGAAGAGAGAUCCCAAUGCCAUGACGCCAGCUGUCAAUCAGUUCGGGCGGCGAGAGAACACUCGCGAUGAGCGACGACGGUCAAAGUCCCGUUCCCGAUCGAGGUCACGCUCUAUAGAAGCCCCUCGCGGCCCAGCUGCUCAAACACGAGGCGGACAUGGCCAGAGAAACCCCCACCAUCACGGUCCCCGACCCUUCCGUCGACAAUUCAAUCCCCUCCCGCCAGGAUGGUUCGCAGCAGAAUCAAAUGGGAGGACUUAUUAUUACUCGGCUCGCGGCGAUACUACCUGGACACGGCCAACCAAGCCCGCCCCUCAACCGCCGCCGGCCCCCAAAGAAUCGAGAGACAAGGCAUUGCAGGAUAUCAUUGACGGCAUUAUGAACGCCAAGGAGAAUACGCCAAAGGAGAAGAGCGGAACUCCGGCUACACCACAGGCGUCCAGACCAACGCCGGAUAUGAAGGAUGGUCAAGAAAAGUGGAGGUCAUAUAGCGAAGAGAAGCGAAAGAAGAUAUAUGAGAACACGGUGAGUAAUACAGCGUUCGAGGGGAAAGAUAACAAACGGUGCGCAAGUACUGACGGAGAAUAG